AUGCUGAAGAAGGAGAUAGCACCAAACCAACCUAUUUAUGAUCACCAGCCGCCUAGUGCUGAAGAAGGAGAUAGCGCCAAACCAAGUAAAGUAUUGCCCUACGUGAAUAGACCCGCUACGCGGGCCAGACCCAACAAAUUGUCUGACUACCCUGGCAAUCAGCUUCUUCAUCAGUUCCUCUCCUGGAUGACUGUGAUAUUGGAAAUUAACUUACCUCAUCCUUUGAUUCCUCCACGUGAUUGUGGUAAACCACUUCUGAACCAAGGGAUUGCCCGACAACCCUGGCAAUCAGCUUCUUUAUCAGUUCUUCCCAUGGAUGACUGUGAUAUUGGAAAUGCUGGUAAAAGCCUAUUUAUGAUAACCAACCUGAGUGUUGAAGAAGGAGAUAGCACCAAGCCUAGUACAAUAUAA